GGCUUAAGGUGGAGCGGGUCGGACCGGAACCGCAUGGCUGCCUGCGAGCGGGACGCGAUCUCCUGGUACCAAAAGAAGGUCGGGGCUUACGAUCAGCAGAUAUGGGAGAAGGCGAUCGAGCAGACGGAGAUGAAGGGAUUCAAGAGCAAACCCAAGAGGAAGGGCCACAUCCAGGCCGACCUGAUCGACGUGGAUCUGAUCCGAGGUUCUACGUUUGCCAAAGCGAAGCCCGAGAUCCCCUGGACGUCGUUAACGCGGAAGGGAAUCGUCAGGGUUGUGUUCUUCCCGCUGUUCAGUCGGUGGUGGAUCCAGGUUACGUCCCAGCGCAUCUUUACGUGGCUCCUGCUGCUCUAUGUUAUGCAAGUCGUAGCAGUUAUAUUGUACUUGGCGAUGCCUGUUGUGAAUGCCAGUGAAGUCAUGGGACCCAUGUGCCUUAUGUUACUGAUGGGGACUGUUCACUGCCAGAUAGUGUCCACCCAGAUGAACAAAACAGCAGGAAACAACGGCCUCAGCAGGAGGAGGAGGAAAUUACGUAAAUCUGUGGGUGCUGAUGGGAGCAGCUGGGCUCCUCCUGACAGAGCCAGCACAGAACAGCAGGCGGAAUCCACGUCCACGCUCAGCAGUUUAUUUGGCAUUCUGUUCCGGAGGAGGGUCAAAAGCUCGAAGCUGGUGGCUGAGAAAGGAACUGAGACAGAACACGGUGUGAGCGCCGUGAAUAACGGCGUCAAGCACAGACAUGGCCGGUCUGAGCACAGGCUGCUGCACUUCAAAGAGAAAAAUAAACUUUCUGAUGUGGAGAAGAGCCAUCAGGAUGAUUGCACCAACAGAGAUGGUGCAUCUGAUGAGCUUUCAAGCGAGGAGGAUGCUGAAGCAGUGGCAGAAAGGAUCUUGUUACGGCAGCACGUAGAGGGGGCUUCCAGUGACAAUAGCUAUGAAGAGAAGAAAAAGCAGUGCCCUGUUUCUCUGAACCAGGCUGUCUCACAGGUCAAACAAGCCCUGAGAGGUGUCAGAGAUUCUGACAGCGUUGCGGAAUCUGAACUUGAAUCCACAUUAUAUAAUCAGGACUCGAGGUCGUGUGUGAGUGUGGGGUCCCGGAGCUGCAGUGUGACCCGGAGAGACUCCGAGAGCACACGGCAGGACUCUGAGACAGAAGACAUGCUUUGGGAUGAUCUGCUGCAUGGGCCGGAGUGCCGCUCAUCCUGCACCAGUGACAGCGAGGAGGAGACCAUGAAAGGUGGCAGGAGAGACCUGAAGGAAGAUGUUUUUCAGCAGAACCAUUUGCUGUGGCUACAGAAUACAAGCCCAGAAUCUGCAAAAGUGAGUGCGCUGAUCUGGGAAGGGAAUGACUGCAAGAAGGUGGAUAUGUCUGUGCUGGAGAUCAGCGGGAUCAUCAUGAGCAGGGUUAAUGCCUACCAGCAGGGAGUGGGCUAUCAGAUGUUGGGAAACGUCAUCACCAUCGGGUUAGCGUUCCUGCCCUUCCUCUACAGACUCUUCCACACCGAUAACAUAGAGCAGUUGUGCUCCAUUUCUCUGAAGGAGCUUUUGCACAUCUUCUGUGGGGCACCUGCCAGCAUCCCUGUCAUUGUUCUGUCUACCAUCAACUUCCUUGAACGGCUUUGCUUGACCUGGAUGUUUUUCUUUAUGAUGUGUGUUGCUGAGAGAACAUACAAACAGAGGUUUUUGUUUGCCAAGCUUUUCAGUCACAUCACAUCGGCUCGGAAAGCCAGGAAAUACGAAAUUCCUCACUUCAGACUCAAGAAGGUAGAAAACAUUAAGAUCUGGUUAUCUCUUCGUUCCUAUCUAAAGAGACGAGGCCCGCAGCGCUCUGUGGAUGUUGUUGUAUCAUCCAUCUUCUUACUGGCUCUUUCAAUUGCUUUCAUAUGCUGCGCCCAGGUCCUGAAGGGUCACAAAACGUUUCUGAGCGCAGCUUAUAACUGGGAGUUCUUAAUCUGGGAGGCAGCACUUCUUCUCUUCUUACUGCGCCUGGCAUCCCUGGGCUCUGAGACCAACAAGAAGUACAGCAAUAUUUCCAUCUUGCUUACUGAGCAGAUAAACUUAUACCUAAAGAUGGAGAAGAAACCCAACAAGAAAGAACAGCUGUCUCUGGUUAACAACGUUUUGAAACUCUCUACAAAGCUGCUAAAGGAACUGGACACACCAUUCAGGCUCUAUGGGCUGACCAUGAACCCAUUAAUCUACAACAUAACGCGCGUUGUAAUACUCUCUGCUGUCUCGGGUGUUAUAAGUGAUCUGCUGGGAUUCAAUAUCAGAUUAUGGAAGAUCAAACCAUGAACUGACUGACCAUCAGCACAGCCCUCCCCAGCGGAAGGACACGGCAGAGACCGAGGGCUGGGACACAAAGCAGGGCUGCUCUCACACUACAGAGGUCUGUCACUGCAGUUUCUUUAACAGAGCCUCAAGGUAUGCACUGAAAGCUGCCCCUCUGCUUUACUGUUCUGUGACAUAUAGAAUAAAUCGGUCCAGUUUAUGAAGUCAUCCCAUGGCAUGCUCAUGUGAAACAGAGUAAAUGGAGCCAAAUACCGGUAGUACUUUGCACUGAAGAUAGCAGGAACUGCGUGCACUGACUGUGGAGCAUCAAUCACUACAAAAGCCAUGCUGGAAUGACACAGGUGCUUGUUACAGGUGCCUUGUUUCUCUAAAAAUCAGCCCCGUGCAAUAACGUAACACAUCAGUCCUCCUGCUGUUGUUCACAUCAUUUUCAGAGAGCACUGGAGCUACGCUGGGCUUUGUGUAUCUGCCUCCAGAGCUCUGCCUGGGUGAUACUGAUGAGGCAUUAAUGUGAAUGUGCUGAAAAGCACUUUGCUCAGCAUUUCAUCGUGCUUUUGGCUGCAGUGACAGCAGCCUGCACAGGACGAACGCUGACCCGAUGCUGACAGUUGGGCUUGCAGCUGCAGAGCAGCUCUGUAACAGAUGGAUGCUGGCUGGCUUACAUGGGGUUUACUGCAAGUAAUUCAUCGUUUUUGGAAUACACAAAUACAGGUAAAAACAUCUGUUGGCUAAGAAUCACUUUGCUAUGGUUGUUCUCUCUGACACCUGAGUGUUUAUAGGUAACAGUGGGCUACACACAGCAUCCUGCUGUACAUCCUUCCAUGACAGCUGAACUUGGUGUUCUGAGAAGCUGCUGCAGCUCUGCACUGCAAUAGUGCCUUACACUGGAGUACUUAAGGAAGCUCCUGCUGUGGUAAUCACGGCAGUGGAAGAUGACUGAGAAAGCCUUCCUCACUUACAAAUAGAUUCUUGUUUAAAAACAACAUAGGAAAGACAGAGAAGUUGUAAAGAUGUCCUGUAGGCUUGCACUGUCCUUAAGUUUUGCUGACUGUUGUACCAGUCAUGAGGAAAAGCAAAAUGUGACGUCCUCGCGGCUUCAUUCUGUCACGUAAGGAAGCAAGAUGGCAUAAGAACUUUUGGUAGUAAACUGUUUAUAGCUAUUUUCUGUACAAGGAAAGGUUGAAAGAUGGAAAAUGACAACUUGCUAUAUCAGAAUGUACAAAUAAACCUGCAGUUCAAGUAUUCCUUCAGCAGCAGCUGUUUCUAUGCGACUCCACGACUUUAUCACCUUUGUUGAACAUUUGUUAUCUGAGCAGGAAGCCAAGGAAACUUGCACUAAUAAACUGCAUUUGUUUUCCAGAA